AAUUGAAUUGAAUUGAAUUGAGUUUAGAGGUUAGAAAAUAGUUUACAAAACAAAACAAACAGUUAGCCGGUAAAGUAUUGUGGAUUGUAUAAGUUUUAAUAUAGGUUAAAUAACAAGUGCAAUGGCUAGUAAACCUAACUCAAAACGUACAAUUUACGUAGGCGGCUUAGCUGAGGAGGUGGAUGAGAAAGUACUAAAUGCUGCAUUUGUUCCCUUCGGAGACCUUGUAGAUGUUCAAAUACCUCUUGAUUAUGAGACUGAGAAGCACAGAGGGUUCGCCUUUAUAGAGUUUGAAAAUGCGGAAGACGCUGCUGCCGCAAUUGAUAAUAUGAAUGAUUCAGAACUAUUUGGUCGUACAAUAAGAGUGAAUAUUGCCGCUCCACAAAGAAUAAAAGAAGGAUCAACUCGACCAGUCUGGUCUGAAGAUAGCUGGUUACAGAAACAUGCAGGAGAGACAUUAAAUGUCAACAAAGAUGGAGAUCAGAAUGGUGUAAAAGAAAAGACUGACACAGUGACUGAAACCACACCAGUGCCAGCAGAAAAGCGAAAUCCUCAAGUGUACUUCGACAUAGCUGUGGGCAAGCAGGAAAUUGGUCGGGUUAUCAUGAUGCUGAGAGCUGACAUUGUGCCAAAGACAGCGGAGAACUUCAGAGCCCUGUGUACACAUGAAAAGGGAUUCGGUUACCAGGGCAGCAGCCUUCACAGGAUUAUACCAGAUUUUAUGUGCCAAGGGGGCGACUUCACAAACCACAACGGAACGGGGGGCAAAUCGAUAUACGGACGCAAGUUUGAAGAUGAGAACUUCACGCUCAAGCACACGGGUCCCGGUAUUAUUAGUAUGGCCAACUCGGGACCCAAUACAAAUGGAUCACAGUUCUUUUUAUGUACCGCUAAGACGGAGUGGUUGGACGGAAAGCACGUAGUGUUUGGCCACGUCAUUUCCGGCUUGGAUGUCCUCAAGAAAGUGGAGAGAUACGGCAGUAAUAGCGGGGCGACUUCCGCCAAAGUGAUCAUAAGCAAUUGUGGAGAAUUACAAUGAUGAUUAUUACACUAUGAGUUUUUA